CAAGCCGUGGCUGGAGGAGCUCGGGGGGAACGUGUACGGCUCGGGAGCAACUGGGGAGAGUCUGGGGAGCUCUAAGCGGGCUCGUUACGGCGCGGGGCACGGCAGGCCCUUAUGUCAUCCUCCUCCUCAGGGCCGGGGACGCCAUUUUGGGGAGCAGUGGCGGUGAUCUCCCGACGGGACAGGGACAUGAGAGCAAAGGGGUCUUGCUUAUAGUCCUCAAAUAUCUCUGGACUGCAUCCUGUCCCUCGAGGUAAUCUCCAGUGCUAUAGGGUGUUAAUAAGAAGGGGAGCCCGAACAUCAUUUCGUAAGGAGAUACCCGCAAGUCUGACCAAGGCCUUGUUCGAGCUCACAACAAGGCGAGAGGCCCUUAUGUCAUCCUCCUCCUCAGGGCCGGGGACGCCAUUUUGGGGAGCAGUGGCGGUGAUCUCCCGACGGGACAGGGACAUGAGAGCAAAGGCUGAAGCGCUCAAGAAAGAAGAGGCCUGUGGAAAAGUAAAAUUCAUCAGCAACCUCCAAGUGGCUGAGGAUCCAUCCUCGUGAGAGCAGGAAUGGCCAGCAAUGGGCACAGCUUUGUGGCUGCCCCAGCUUUGGGAUGGGCCCUGGGCCUGGAGCAGGAGCAGCUCUUGAGGGCCCCAAGGCCGGGGCUGUGGUGCUGGCCUGGGCAGAUGGGAUGGCAGGAGGGGCUGCAGAGCUGCCAGGAUCUCCUGGAGAGGGGAGCAGGGCACCCAGGGAGCCUCCUUUUCCUUUGGCCAGGCACUUUCCCCCAUGGCUGGGGGUGAGGCCUCUCUGAGCUGCAGCUGCUGCUGUGCCCUGCAGAGGGGCUGAGGCCGUGGGGCAGUGCCCAGAGCAGCCUGCCCUGAGCAGAGCUGUGGGGCCAGAGCCGGCUGGGCUGUGCUGGGGAGAGGCCCUGGCUGCUGCUGAGAGCUCAGGGCAGCUGGGACAGCUUGGAGGGAGCUGGGCUGGGCUCAGAGAGCCUGCCAGAGAAACCAGCAGUGUCCAUCUCAGCCUGGGUGAGCGUGCAGGGACAGGACUCAGCCCAGGCCUUGUGGGGCAGGGCCAGCGCCUACAGGGCAAGGGAUUGAAAACAGGCAAGUGGCCGAGAGAGGAGGCUGCUCUGUGCCCUUGGUGGCAUGAGCAGGGCAGGGAGGGGGCCCAGGACAUUUGUCACUGCCAGGCUCUGUCCCCAGGUGCUGCCAGCCCUGGCUGCUGAGCCCAGGUUUGGCCUGGGCUGAGUUUGGCUGUGGCCCAGCUCCAUCCUCCUGCAGGGCUCAGGGCCUGUUGCUGGCCAUGGCCAGCCCUGCCCGGCCUCUGUGCUGGCCCAGAGCCCGGCAGAGCCCGGGGCAGGGCUGUGUGUGCAGGCCCACAGGUGCCACGGGCUCUGCAGGAGCUGGGAGAGGCUGCCCAGCAGGGAGGCCAUGGGGCACAGAGCCCCAGGGCUGCUGUGGGCACCACGGCACAGGGGCCAUGCCCACCCGCAAUGCUCCUGCCCUGGGCUGGGCCUGCCCAGGGGCUGGGGCACCAUGGCUGGGCCAGCGGGGCACAAAGGGGCCACGGAGCCGCUGCCGGGGCUGGCAGCAAGGCCAGGCACAGACAAGGAAUUGCUGAGCAUGGCCUGUGCUGGCCAGGGCUGGCUGUGGCAAGGGCAGAGCUCAGCUGCCCUUGGUGGCUGCAGGAAAAGUCCAGAGCCCAAAGAGCCUCCAUGACUGUGCUGGAGACCAAGGCUGCAGGAGGGAAAGGCAGGGCUGCUGUGGGAUGGGGAGGGCAUUGAAUUCCAGCAGACACCACAGAUGGGAGGCUUAGCAAGGCUUGAAGAGAAGAGAAGCUUCACAAGCCUCCAAGGGGGGAUGUUACCAGAUGAAAAACCAUCUCCAGCUGGUGAGCACACACAGUUCUUGUUCUUCAAAACCCCCUGACCCAUGGAACUGCACCAUGCCCGUUGUGUAAGAAGAAUUGGAAAGCGACCAGCUCCAGUUGUGCCAACUUUUACCAGUUCACCGGGCAGUCAGGUCUGACUCUGGCAUCACCGAGCACCAGGGACCACCAAAGAGACCCCCAGGACAGAAGAACACCGCUGUGAAGGUGCGACUGGAUGAACAAAUACAAGGAAUUCCCUCAGCACAGUUCUUCAGCUGAGCAAAUUGCCAACAGGAAAUCUGAACAGCUUUUUGGUGUAUCACAACUUCAGUUAAUUGGAGAUCAGCCAGUGUUCUCGUUUGCCUCUCACUGCACAAGAAGAAGGAAUCCUCCAGAGCCCAUUUGUUAGUCCCUGCUCUCAGUGCCUGCAAAUCCCAGAGCCCAGAUAAAAAUUUCCUUAGGCAGCAAAUGUCCAAUAGCAGCUCCUUCAGCCACUUCCUCCUGCUGGCACUGGCAGACACGCGGCAGCUGCAGCUCCUGCACUUCUGCCUCUUCCUGGGCAUCUCCCUGGCUGCCCUCCUGGGCAACACCCUCAUCAUCAGUGCCAUAGCCUGCGGCCACCACCUGCACAGCCCCAUGUUCUUCUUCCUGCUCAACCUGGCCCUCACUGACCUGGGCUGCAUCUGCACCACUGUGCCCAAAGCCAUGCACAAUUCCCUCUGGGACACCAGAGAAAUCUCCUACUCAGGAUGUGCUGCACAGGUGUUUCUGUUUGUCUUUUUCAUUUCAACAGAGGUUUCUCUCCUGACCAUCAUGUGCUACGACCGCUACGUGUCCAUCUGCAAACCCCUGCACUACGGGACCCUCCUGGGCAGCAGAGCUUGUGCCCACAUGGCAGCAGCUGCCUGGGCCAGUGGCUUUCUCUACGCUCUGCUGCACACAGCCAAUACAUUUUCCCUGCCCCUGUGCCAGGGCAAUGCCCUGGGCCAGUUCUUCUGUGAAAUCCCACACAUCCUCAAGCUCUCCUGCUCCAAAACCCACCUCAGGGAACUUGGGAUAAGUGCUGUUGGUGCCUCUUUAGCUUUUGGCUGUUUUGUGUUCAUUGUUUUCUCCUAUGUGCAGAUCUUCAGGGCUGUGCUGAGAAUCCCCUCUGAGCAGGGGCGGCACAAAGCCUUUUCCACCUGCCUCCCUCACCUGGCCGUGCUCUCCCUGUUUGUCAGCACUGGCAUGUUUGCCAACCUGAAGCCCCCCUCCAUCUCCUCCCCAUCCCUGGAUCUGGCAGUGUCAGUUUUGUACUCGGUCGUGUCUCCAGCCCUGAACCCCCUCAUCUACAGCCUGAGGAACCAGGAGCUCAAGGCUGCCCUGAGAAAAUUGAUGACUCUGUAUUUUCAGAAGUAUUAAACUCUCUCUUUUCUGCUGCAGAGCCUUUUGAAUGUAACUCUUUUGAAUCUCAGCCUUAGUUUUCCCUAUUUCUGCAUUUAUUCAUUGGUAACUUUCUACUCUUGUGUGAUUUACAAAUACUGUAGUAUUACUUUUUGUAUUUCUAUAUGAAUAUCUACCUUUCUUUUGAAACACAAAGACCUGCAAGAGGUCUGUUCCAUGUGCAUUUAAAUAAAAACAAGUGCCUGCCCUGACCUGUGUGUCCAGGAUCAUUCCUCAGUGCUUCUCUGGCUCUGCAGUGAAUGAUUUUGGGUACCUUAACACCUCAAGGGUUAAAGGUUUCCAGGUUAAAUGGGCUAACUUAAUGCAGUUUCUGCUGUGGAAAGUGUUUUAUGUUCAACUGGAUGUUGUAUUAAAUGCUUUGCCCAAGUUCCUUGGUUCUCUGUACUUUGCCAGUAAAAUUCUGUGUGGUUUUCACCUCUGAGCUCCGUUGGUCAGAGCAUGGUGCUGAUAUCAGCGAGGCUGUGGCUUCAAUGCCUGUGUGGGCCAUUCACUUGACAGCUGGAAUUGCUGGUCCUUGGGGGUCCCUUGCAACUAAGAAUAUUCUUUGCCUCUGUGUCCCUUGAGAAUAUCUGCUGGGGGUUUGUCCCGUGCACCAAAGGCAAGUCAAGGAGCCUUUGGUUGCCGCCAUCAUUGGAGUGUUGUGGCUGUUGCAGCCCCGCAGGCUCCCAGUGGCCUCUUGUUUCCGUCAGGCCCUGCUGGCUCCCGCUGGCCCUUGGUUCCAUGAGGAUCUGCAGGGUCCCACAGGUUGAUGGCAUUUGUCCUUGCUGCCCCUCACCUCCCCCUGCCCCACAAACAGCCCCGAGCCCCCCGUGAGGGACAGGCCCUGCUGUGCCAGGCCUGGGCUCAGGGCUUGGCCUUUCUGCUGCCUCCAGCCAGCCAGGGCUUGCUCAGCAUUGCAGUUCCUGCUCACAGCCUUUGGCUCCCUGCAGUCCUGGCCUCCAGGAUCUGCUCUCCCCACUCCCUGGGGAGCCUUUGCCACUCCCUGCCCUCACUGGGGCCACUGAUGCUCCAAGGGACUUGGACUUUGCCUUUGGACUCCUGGAGCAGCUUCUUCACCCUUCUCUCAGUGCCUGAGGCUCCUGGGCUCAGCCCCAAAUCCAGCCUGGGGCUGAUUCAAGUUAGA